CGUCUCUCUCUCUCUCUCUUCACCCCUAUGACCGAAUCUCGUGCGCCACCAUUAUUCUGUGCAACGACGAGGAGUCAAAGCCUGCCAGCUUAUCUGUUAAAGUGCGCUCACGUAUAUUGUACGUACACAUAUAGUGUCGCGGCCGCACAUUAAUUCCUUCACCGAUCCUACGUCCUAUACGCAUGAGCGCGCCUGACUCGGAAAAAACAUGCCGAAACGCCGCCGCAAGUAUCUGUACGACGUUGAUGCAACGGUGCCGGGGCGCACUGAGCUGCGACUUCGCUCGGCUGACUUUCCGCCCGGUGACAGCGCUACAGUUGGACAGCGAGGUUCCAGCGCUUCUGCUGAUGGAGCAGAAGCAUCUACGUCAGCUGUAUCGGAAACGUGCGGCGAAACCUCCGGCGUAGCGCGGACGUCGCAAGCCUCGUCCGUCGAUGUGGCACUAAGCGAUGACAUCAGCGACACAGAAGAAUGUGGUGAUGGAGAUGACCAUGGUAACGAAUGCCUUUCAUCCGAAGAAUCCAGUGACGGCGGCGUUUCCUCCUCAAGCGACACGGACGACAGCGGUGCUGACGAACCGGAAUGCGACGAGAGACAGAGCACCCCAUUGUACCCUGGAUCUCAGCUGAGUCUAAAGGAAAGCCUCCUGAUGAUUACAGCAUUCAGCCUUCGUCACAAGCUUUCAAAAGAAGCUACUGAAGAUUUACUUCACCUUGUUGAGCUGCACCUGCCUUGUGACACAGCCACAGCAACAACAAGCUUUGUUCUCUUAAAGCAAUUUCGCAGCUUUCUCUUGUCGCCAUCGCAGCAUUUUUACUGUCCCUACUGCAAGGUGUACAUUGGUAAAGAUGUUGCUAAUGGGCUGAAGUGCUUGGAAUGUGACUCCACAUACUCAGUGGAGGAGCUGCAAAAAAAGUCUUCAUUUUUUGUUGCCCUGAGUAUUGAGAAGCAAUUACGCAACAUUUUGGAGUCUAAGUGUUCCAAAGUGCAACUGGGCUCUGAAGCAACCAAAUCAACUAGCUAUAAUGUUUCAAGCAUUCGGCAAAGCCUUUGUUAUAGUAGGCUGCCACUGUCUCCUUCUGAUGUUACUCUGACUAUUAACACAGAUGGCUUCCCUAUGUACAAAUCUUCAGGAUACUCAAUGUGGCCCUUAGAGCUAGCUGUAAAUGAGUUGCCAGAGCAUGAACGAUGGGAUAAUAUGCUGCUUGGUGCCAUCUGGUUUGGACGUGAAAAACCAAACAUUAAUUGUUUUUUAAGGCCUUUUGUGGAAGAAAUUAACCAUCUUUCAAGCACAGGUUUUGCAUGGACAGAUGAAUACAAGGUUUCACGAACCACAAGGGUGUUUCCUGGACCAGUGACAGUGGACUCAGUUGCCAGGACACUUGUCAUGAACAUGACAAUGUUUAAUGGUGCCUAUGGUUGCGCAUGGUGUGAGAGUGAAGGAACUGUGGUUGCAAAAGGCUCUGGGCAUAGCAGAGUGUACCCCCUUCACCAAAGACAGCCAAAGAAAAGGACUGCUGUAUCUUUCAGAAAGCAUGCAAGAAACGCUGAUGUGCAAGGAACACCAAACCAAGGGAUAAAAGGGGCCAAUGUACUCUUUACACUCAACCACUUUGUUUUUCCGACUAACUUUGUAGUGGACUACAUGCAUGCAGUCUGCCUGGGGUUUGUGCGCUCUGUGACUUGCCUGUGGCUAGGCUCCAAAAGAAAGGAGAAGUUUAAUUUGAACAUCCACAUUAAGGAGCUGAACCAACGGCUGAUAUCCCUCCAGCCUGUGCAUGAAAUUGGAAGACUACCACGCUCACUUGAAGAGCGAGCCUACUGGAAAGCUUCAGAAUGGCUCUAUUGGCUUCUAUUCUAUUCACCUGUUGUUCUAGAUGGUCUUUUGCCAAAUCCAUAUUUCACCAAUUGGAUAGAGUUUGUUGACAUUAUGCAUUUCCUGCUUGCUGAAUCUAUUCCUCUCGAUAGGCUUCACGAAGUGCACCAAAAGUUGAUUAACUUUCUUAAAGAGUUUCAGAGCCUCUAUGGCAUAACAGAAAUGAAAUACAAUACGCACCUCCUUAUCCAUCUGGCAGACACCGUAAAAAAUUGGGGACCAUUGUGGUGCUACUCUGCUUUCCCAUUCGAAGCAAUGAAUGGUAUGUUGAUUAAACUUGUGAAAGGUACACGGUACGCACACAAUCAGGUUUCGAGAAAAUUUUGCUUGACAAAAGCUGUGGCAAAGCUGUGCACGUCAUCUCUUUCUGCUGGCUCAUCUAAAGAGGGUGUCACUAACUUUAUCACAGGCUUGUUGAAAGGCUACAAGCUACGGAAAAGUGCACUAACUCUGAAGUCACGCGUGGUUGUUCAUGGAAUGCAGAAAGUGUCUAGCACGAGUACUGGAAAUUUCAAAAAGCUGUCACACUCGGGUCUAACGUUCACUGCUGCGUCAGCAGACAAAUCUCGCCGUGUCAACUCUUUCAUUUUUUGUGAUGAAAUGUUUUGCCGCAUUGUGGGCAUGGCUCUUACAUGCCAUUGUCACCAACAUACUCAGGCAUGUACGAAGAACAUUGUAGUCACUUGUGAGAAAAUGCAAACGACUGGUAGUGUUCUGAAGUUAUUGCCACACAAGUUUGUUGCAGUAGACAGAACACAUGAAACUGUCACUGUCAAUCCAGACAAAAUGUUGAAGUGCAUUGCCUUGUUUUUAAAUGAUAGAACAUUUUUGUCAGUGUUGCAUUCUGGUCUUUUUAACUGCUGAAGUAUGCCUACUUCAAAUACUGCAGUACUAAGUGAUUGGUUUUGGUUCAUUUAUUAGUAAAUUUAUCUGUCAUUCAUUGCUUUCUUAUCCUAAUGAAUUUUUAAUGUUUUCAUUUUAAGGAAUGAGUUCCUGCCAUUGUCACCAUUUCUCAUAGUUAGCUUUUUAAUAUGUGUACAGUAAGGCGUCAGGCAGGGAGAUACGAUAUGUCCAAUGCUAUUCACAGCGCAUUUACAGGAGGUAUUCAGAGACCUGGAUUGGGAAGAAUUGGGGAUAAAAGUUAAUGGAGAAUACCUUAGUAACUUGCCAUUCGCUGAUGUUAUUGCCUUGCUUAGUAACUCAGGGGACCAAUUGCAAUGCAUUCUCACUGACCUGGAGAGGCAAAGCAGAAGAGUGGGUCUAAAAAUUAAUCUGCAGAAAACUAAAGUAAUGCUUAACAGUCUCGGAAGAGAACAGCAAUUUACAUUAGGCAGCGAGGCACUGGAAGUCGUAAGGGAAUACAUUUACUUAGGGCAGGUAGUGACGGCGGAUCCGGAUCAUGAGACGGAAAUAAUUAGGAGAAUAAGAAUGGGCUGGGGUACGUUUGGCAGGCAUUCUCAGAUCAUGAACAGCAGGUUGCCAUUAACCCUCAAGAGAAAAGUAUAUAAUAGCUGUGUCUUACAAGUACUCACCUACGGGGCAGAAACCUGGAGGCUUACGAAAAGGGUUCUACACAAAUUGAGGACGACGCAACGAGCUAUAGAAAGAAGAAUGAUAGGUGUAACAUUAAGGGAUAAGAAACGAGCAGAUUGGGUGAGGGAACAAACGCGAGUUAAUGACAUCUUAGUUGAAAUCAAGCAAAAGAAAUGGGCGUGGGCAGGACAUGUAAUGAGGAGGGAAGAUAACCUAUGGUCAUUAAGGGUUACGGACUGGACCCCAAGGGAAGGGAAGCGUAGCAGGGGGCGGCAGAAAGUUAGGUGGGCGGAUGAGAUUAAGAAGUUUGCAGGCACGGCAUGGCCACAAUUAGUACAUGACCAGGGUUGUUGGAGAGAAGUAUG